GUGAGCUGAAAUCCUUGGCCCCUCUCGAUCGAGAGAAAAUCCCUGUGUACAACUUGGUUGCCCGGGCUACAGAUGGUGGUGGCAGGUUUUGCCAGUCAGAAAUCCAUCUUAUUUUAGAAGAUGUUAAUGAUAAUCCACCAGCAUUUUCAUCUGAUCACUACACUGCAUGUGUCUAUGAGAAUACAGCCACUAAAGCUUUAUUGACAAGAGUCCAAGCCACUGAUCCUGAUGUAGGUGUGAAUAGGAAAGUUGUCUAUUCCCUGGCAGACUCUGCAGAUGGUUACUUCUCAGUCGACCAGUCAUCAGGAAUCAUUAUUUUGGAGCAUCCACUUGACAGAGAGCUGCAGUCCUCGUAUAACAUCAGUGUAAAGGCCUCGGACCAAAGCAUUGUGCUGACCUUGUCCUCAUUUGCCACUGUCACUAUUACAGUGCUAGACAUUAAUGACAAUCCCCCCGUGUUUGAAAGAAGAGAUUAUCUUGUUACUGUACCUGAAGACACCUCACCUGGCACUGAAGUCCUUUCUGUUUUUGCUACAAGCCAAGACAUUGGUACUAAUGCUGAGAUCACUUACCUCAUCAGAUCUGGGAAUGAGAAAGGAAAGUUCAGGAUUAACUCAAAAACAGGAGCCAUCUCCAUUUUAGAAGCUUUGGAUUAUGAAUCGUGCAAGGAUUUCUACUUGGUAGUGGAAGCAAAAGAUGGAGGAACUCCAGCCCUGAGCGCCGUUACGACGGUGAACGUGAACGUGACGGAUGUGAAUGACAACGCGCCCCAGUUCAGCCAGGUGGUCUACAGUGCAGUCAUCAGUGAGGACGCUGCCAUCGGUGACUCUGUGAUAAUGUUGAUAGCAGAAGAUCUGGAUAGUCCUUUGAAUGGCCAGAUUCAUUUUUCCAUAGUGAGUGGUGAUCAAGACAACGAAUUUUCAGUUGAUCCUGGUUUGGGCCUCGUGAAGGUUAAAAAGAAAUUGGACAGAGAAAGGAUAUCUGGUUAUUCGUUAGUUAUUCAGGCAAGAGACAGCGGCAUCCCUGCUCUGUCGUCCUCUGUGACGGUCAACGUAGACAUUUCUGAUGUGAACGAUAAUGGCCCUGUGUUUACUCCUGCUAACUAUACAGCUGUAAUUCAAGAAAAUAAGCCAGUGGGCACGAGCAUUUUGCAGCUGGUCGUGACAGACAAGGACUCUUUUCACAAUGGCCCCCCUUUUACCUUCACCAUCCUAACUGGCAAUGAAGAGGAGGAGUUUUCACUGGACCCUCACGGCGUUUUGAGAUCUGCAGUCAUCUUCAAGCACAUGGUUGCAACUGAGUAUGUGCUUUGUGUGCAGGCAAAGGACUCCGGGAAGCCUCAGCAGGUUUCUCACACCUACAUUCAGGUGAGGGUUAUCGAAGAGAGUAUUCACAAACCGACUGCCAUUCCACUGGAGAUUUUCAUUGUGACCAUGGAAGACGAUUUUCCAGGGGGAGUCAUUGGGAAAAUUCAUGCCACAGACCAGGAUGUGUACGAUGUCCUCACAUACACCCUAAAAUCGGAGCAGAGGAGUCUGUUCAAGGUUAACAACCAUGACGGGAAAAUCAUUGCCCUGGGAGGGCUGGAUAAUGGCAAGUACAUCCUGAAUGUGUCUGUGAGUGACGGCCGGUUCCAGGUGCCCAUAGAUGUUGUGGUCCAUGUUGAACAGCUGCUACAGGAGAUGCUGCAGAACACGGUCACCAUCCGCUUCGACAAUGUUUCCCCGGAAGAUUUUGUGGGCCUCCACAUGCACGGCUUCAGGCGGACCUUGCGAAACGCAGUGCUCUCCCAAAAGCAAGACAGCCUCCACAUCAUCAGUAUUCAGCCCGUGGCAGGCAGCAAUCAGCUCGACAUGCUGUUUGCAGUUCAGAUGCACAACGGUGGUUUUUAUAAGCCUGCCUACUUGAUUCAGAAGCUUGCCAAUGCGAGGAGACACUUAGAAAAUGUGAUUCGUAUUUCUGCUAUUUUGGAGAAGAAUUGUUCUGGACUGGAUUGUCAGGAGCAACACUGUGAGCAAAGCCUGUCUAUCGAUUCCCACUCUCUGAUGACCUAUAGCACGGCCCGAAUUAGUUUUGUGUGCCCCCGGUUUUACAGGAAUGUGCGCUGCAUGUGCAAUGGAGGGCUGUGUCCCGGCUCCAACGAUCCUUGUCUGGAGAAGCCGUGUCCAGGGGAUAUGCAGUGUGUGGGCUACGAAGCUAACCGGAGACCUUUCGUCUGCCAGUGCCCACCAGGAAAGCUUGGCGAAUGCUCAGGCCACACAUCCCUUAGCUUUGCUGGGAAUAGUUACAUUAAAUACCGAGUUUCUGAAAACAGCAAGAAAGAGGAAUUCAAGUUGGCUCUACGUCUGCGAACCCUGCAAAGCAAUGGGAUUAUAAUGUACACCAGAGCAAAUCCCUGUAUAAUUCUGAAGAUUGUGGAUGGCAAACUGUGGUUCCAGUUGGACUGCGGAAGCGGCCCGGGGAUCCUGGGAAUUUCUGGCCGGGCUGUCAAUGAUGGAAGUUGGCAUUCGGUCUUCCUGGAGCUGAAUCGCAAUUUCACGAGCCUGUCCCUCGAUGACAGCUACGUGGAGCGCCGCAAAGCCCCCCUCUAUUUCCAGACUCUGAGCACGGAUAGCUCUGUGUAUUUUGGAGCCCAGGUCCAAGUGGACAACGUUCGGAGCCUCACGGACAAGAGAACAACACAGGUCUUGAGUGGCUUUCAGGGCUGCCUGGAUUCCGUUGUCCUAAACAACAACGAGCUGCCGCUCCAGAACAAGCGCAGCAGCUUUGCAGAAGUGGUUGGCCUGACCGAGUUAAAGCUUGGCUGUGUUCUCUACCCCGACGCCUGCGAGAGGCAUCCGUGCCAGAACGGUGGGACCUGUACGAGCGUGCCAUCUGGUGGCUAUCAGUGCAACUGCCUCUCCCAGUUUACUGGGAAAAACUGCGAGUCAGAGAUUACAGCCUGCUUCCCAAACCCCUGUCGAAACGGAGGGUCGUGCGAUCCCAUCGGCAAUGCGUUCAUUUGCAACUGCAAACAUGGCCUGACGGGCGUAACGUGUGAGGAAGAUAUCAACGAGUGUGAGAGAGAAGAAUGUGAAAAUGGUGGCUCCUGUGUCAACAUAUUUGGUUCCUUUCUGUGUAACUGCACUCCCGGCUACGUGGGGCAGUACUGCGGCCUUCGGCCUGUGGUGGUACCCAAUAUACAAGCUGGACAUUCAUACGUCGGCAAGGAGGAGCUAAUAGGAAUAGCUGUGGUCCUGUUUGUCAUAUUUGUGCUGAUCGUCCUCUUCAUUAUUUUUCGCAAGAAGGUGUUCAGGAAGAAUUAUUCACGCAACAACAUCACCCUUGUACAGGAUCCAGCUACUGCCGCCCUGCUCAACAAGAGUAACGGCAUCCAGUUCAAGAACAUACGGAACAGUGGAGACAGCAGAAAUAUCUACCAAGAGGUUGGGCCUCCACAGGUUCCCGUGAGGCCAAUGGCCUAUACUCCGUGCUUUCAAAGCGACUCGCGGAAUAACCUGGACAAGAUAGUGGAUGGUCUUGGGGUGGAGCACCAGGAGAUGACGACGUUUCAUCCCGAGUCCCCUCGAAUACUAACGGCAAGGCGGGGUGUCGUCGUGUGUAGUGUAGCUCCAAACCUGCCCGCUGUGUCUCCCUGUCGCUCAGACUGUGACUCCAUCAGGAAAAGCACAUGGGACGCCGGGACAGAAAGUAAAGGGGUUGAUGACGCUGAAGAAGUGACCUGUUUUGCAGGAAGCAAUAAAGGCAGCAACUCUGAAGUACAGUCCCUCAGCUCCUUCCAGUCGGAUUCGGGUGAUGACAAUGCUUCCAUAGUGACUGUCAUACAGCUUGUCAACAAUGUAGUUGACACUAUAGAAAAUGAAGUGUCUGUAAUGGAUCAAGGACAGAACUACAACAGAGCGUAUCACUGGGAUACCUCCGACUGGAUGCCAAGCGCGCGUUUAUCCGACAUUGAGGAAGUGCCCCACUUCGAGACCGCGGAUGGAGGCUCCAUUCACCACGGCAGUACCAGAGAGCUGGAAACAGAUUACUACCUUGGUGGCUACGACAUCGACAGCGACUACCCUCCCCCUCACGAAGAGGAGUUUUUAAGCCAGGACCAGUUACCGCCUCCUCUUCCAGAGGAUUAUCCGGACCAAUACGACACCCUUCCGCCCUCGCAGCCGGUCUCGAUGGCAAGCACGCUCAGCCCCGACCGCAGGCGACGGCCGCACUUCCACCCUAGCCAGUACCUCCCUCCUCAUCCGUUCCCCAACGAGACGGACACGGCAGGGUCUCAGGCUGGGAAUGAGUUUAGUACUUUUGCUGUUGGCCCAAGCCAGAACACAGAAAAUGUUGGUGCAGGUAAGAUGCCCCUAUCCUUGCACAACUCUCUAGAUGCCUCCUCCUCUGACGUCUCAGCCAGCUGCGGCUUUGAUGACUCCGAAGUAGCCAUGAGUGACUAUGAAAGUGUGGAGGAACUCAACCUAGAAAAUGUUCACAUUCCAUUUGUGGAGACCCAGCAUCAGACACAAGUGUAAAGGAAACUCCCUUUUUCUUCCUCUUCUUUUGAUUUUUUUUUGGUCAUCUGGUCCAAUUAAUAGUAUAAAUAUUGAGAAGAAAUUUUGCUAAAGGUGUAUCUAUGUAUAUUGGGCAAGGCAAAAAUACACUAUAAUCCAUUAUUAACUUGUUCGGAAAUGAUACUGUAUGUGCAGACACAAAGAGAUCAAUUGUGUUAAGUGUUGCACAUCACAAAAUUGUUCCAGGCAAUCUGGAGAGUGUGUACCCUCUAUUUAUUAGCAAGAGUAAAACAGAGCUUAUGAAGCAGGGGGUGGAAAAAAUCUCAUUGCUAGAUAAUUUCUUUCUUUAUGUCCUCUUCCCCCAGGGUUUGGGUGUUUUUUGAUAUUGUAUUAUUAAAAGUGUUACAGUGUUAUAAUCUCCCCACAGUAUUAAUGACCUGGUAUGGAUCAUUCCAAGACACAUUGUUGCAUGAAAUUUUAUGUCAGCAAAAGAGUGAAAAGUAAGUGAUUGCUGAGGCUGCUUUGUAUAACAGUUCUGAUGGCGUAAAAAAAGCAAUUAACGUUGAUGUGUUGAAGACAAGAUACUAGUCAUUUGUUCAUAAAUACUCACCUAUAGUUUUUGUUAUAUAGGAUUUCAUUAUAACUUGCAUGCAUAUAGAGUGGCAUAUGUGCAGUGUAUAUUUACACCAAGUUGCCCUAAUUUGGGUGCCA